AUGGACCGGCUUUGGUGCAUGAUCCGGCACACCUUCAACGCCAAGCCCACGAUCACCGAGAAGAACCUGCGGGAUCUCAAGGACAAUGUCUACAUUGUGACCGGCUCCAACGCUGGCGUCGGCAAGGAGCUUGCCCAGAUCCUCUACUCGCGCAACGCCAAGGUCUACCUCGCCGCCCGCUCCGAGGAAAAGACUCUCAAGGCCAUCAAUGACAUCAAGACCACCGUCCCCAACUCGGAAGGACAGCUGGUCUAUCUCCAUCUCGACCUGGCAGACCUCGCCACCAUCAAGCCUUCCGCCGAGGAGUUCCUCCGCAAGGAGAAGAGGCUCAACGUUCUCUUCAACAACGCCGGUGUCGGUUUCCCCGCAGCCGGCUCCAAGACCAAGCAGGGUCUUGAGCUGCAGCUCGGGGUGAACUGCGUCGGCCCCUUCCUGUUCACCAAGCUGCUGACGCCCAUCCUCGCCGAGACGGCCAAGACCGAGCCCGAGGGCGCCACCCGCGUCGUCUGGGUCUCUUCCUCGGCCGUCUUCGGCGUCAGCCCUGUGGGCCUCACCGAGAACCUCGACUACCACAGGGACAGGUCCUCCUCGGAAAAGUACCUCAUCAGCAAGAUCGGCAACUUCUGGCAUUCGUCCGAGUACGCCAAGCGCCAGAGGGCCAACGGCAUCGUGUCGGUGUCGCUGAACCCGGGCAACCUCAGGUCGGAGCUCUGGCGCACGCAGGGCGCGUUCGCGUCGUGGUUCCUCAACACCUUCAUCCUGCACCCGACCAUCUUUGGCGCGUACACGGAGCUCUACGCUGGGUUCUCCCCUGACAUCUCGAUGGCGAACACCGGAUCUUUCCUUGCUCCAUGGGGAAGACUCAGCAACGUCACGAAAGACCUGACCAAGAGCAUAACACCCCAAUCUCAGGGUGGCACCGGCGCUUCCGAGAAGUUCUGGGAUUGGACCGAAGGACAGAUCAAACCCUACCAGUGA